GACGUAGAAUCGAUCAGCUCCCAAACCCUAGCCAUAUAAAUAGAAAACAUACAUCCCUCGAGCUUUAUCAACCUUCACUAGGGUUUUCCAGAGCUCCGAAGCUAUAUAGACUUCUCUCUCUGCUCUCUACGCUUACCACUUUGCAGCCAUGUCAAGGAGCAGGAAAGUCAGAGAACCCAAGGAGGAGACUGUUACUCUUGGUCCCAGUGUACGGGAUGGGGAGAUUGUUUUCGGUGUUGCCCACAUCUUUGCCUCUUUUAAUGACACAUUCAUCCAUGUGACUGAUUUGUCUGGAAGAGAAACCCUUGUUCGCAUUACUGGUGGAAUGAAAGUGAAGGCUGACAGGGAUGAAUCUUCACCCUAUGCAGCCAUGCUUGCAGCCCAAGAUGUUACACAACGAUGCAAGGAGCUUGGCAUAAAUGCUCUUCAUAUUAAGCUCCGCGCUACAGGAGGUAACAAAACCAAGACGCCUGGUCCAGGUGCCCAGUCUGCCCUCCGUGCUCUUGCUCGUUCAGGCAUGAAAAUUGGUCGCAUUGGUAUGAAGAAACCUCUUCUUUCAGCUUGUUUUUUACUAGGUUUUUGUCGUUUUGUUUGUUGUACUUUUGCAAUGGGUAACCAAGUGGUUUCAGGUUGUUUAGCUUUAUUGCCUUCAUUUUUAUAACUUCUGUUUUUACUAGGGGAAUAUCCCACUGCAAAUAUGCUUUGCUUGUGUUUUACUUCCCAAAUUUCUUCGCCCUUUUGGUAGAUAAUAUAUUCUUGCUCUCAAAACCUGAUAGGUAUUAUAUAUAAUGACUUCAUUCCAGGUUCACUAUGCUUCAUGAAAUUGUCAUUUGUGUAUGCAACUCUCUGGAUGAAUUAUGGUUGCUAAUUUAUCAUCUCCCUUGUUGCAGAGGAUGUGACUCCUAUUCCCACCGACAGUACACGCAGAAAGGGUGGCAGAAGGGGGAGGCGUCUGUGAUUUGCGGCAUUAUCAUGUUCAAUGUUCUGCAUUAUGUUCUAGCAUGUCUGCAGUUAUGUCUUGGGAUAUUUGGUUCCCUUGCUGCCCUUUAUUUCUUGUUGGUUUUUGAAGAAUUUCGUAGGUUUGGAUAUUAUGUUUUAAACAUGUCAUGAUUCGGAAUGCGAGAAUUUGAAAGAGAACUAUAGAACUUCUGGCUUGUCUUAUUA